CUGAUCUCGAAACUGACGGGGUUCCAAGUGCAUUGCCCUAUGUUCGGGGCACUCCGAUCUGGCGCGGGAACGUAGAACCUUCUUCUGCUGAUCAAUAAGCGUGGAUCCGCCCCAUAUUCAGGCUUCGCCGUUGUGGCAACAGUCACCCCACAACGCUGACGCUAUUUAGACGUAGAUCCAUUGCGUUCUCGAGAGUGAAACCCGAUCUAUGACGUGUUGCGUUUGAUACUAAGAGAUUUCUUGUUUGUGGUUUAGUUGCGGCAUCGUUUUCGGCGUUGCAAACCAACUAAACAAGUAGAAUUGCCAAAGCAGCCGCAACUUUCAGCACGGUGGUCGCCGCACAGCAACACCCGCAACGGAUGAAACCAAUUUUCCCGAUAUGAUAUAAUUCUCAAUUUUUGCUGCUUCCCUUUUUCGAUUAGUCGGGACCAAUUUCGUGUAAAAGUAAUUAAAAAAAAAACCGAAUCGGGAUCGGUAGGCGCUAAAUUUCUGCGCGAUAUGUGAUUGCACCGCUGGAAAGCCAAAUCCGUUCGUCUCAGAUUCGAAAUUGACUUUGGAUAAAAAUGCACGGGUCAGCGGGUCUGCACUCGGCCAUGGCCAUUAAACGCCAAAGAAGGCAGCGCGAGGUGGCCAAAAGACGAGCAGCCGAGAGAAGACUGUCGUCGAAGACAAAUAGCAUGGAUAGUAUGGAACAUCUGCCGACCAAGAGGUCUAGUUUCAACAAUACGGAAUCCUAUCAGGUCACCUCGAUAGGCCUAUUACAUAUUGGGGUCUGCUUUUUGGUGCUGGGGUUGUUUUUGAUAGGCUCCGGCCUUCUUCCAGACGAUUUACUCUCUUGGAAGACCGGUGGAUGGUGGAACGAAUUGACGAUGACAGGUAUAUUCGUCACCGUCGUAGGAUUGUUUCUGAUCGUUCUGAACAAAAUAGUGAGCCGAAAGGAGGAACAAGAGCUCCAGGAUUACGUCAGGAGUCAACUUACUAGGUCUAGAAGCGGCCACAGGCUAGAAAGAGAUGUGGAAACCGGUUGUCUCACCACCAAGCACCAUCGGCGGCUUUUAGAAAAACAAAGGGAGGAUAAGGCUAACGGCGAGAUGGUAUCGGUACAUUCCCCUCAUAACAAGAACGCCCCCCAAAAUGCUUUGAACGGGGACGCUCAGUUGGAGAAAAUUUUGGAAGAGGAUUCGAUAGAGAGAUUCGAAGAGGUCAGGGUCUUGGAAUUGAAGGAAACCGUUUCAACUACCACCACCGCUAGCGUGAGUCCUGGAAGCCCGACCGAAACUAGAGAACUAAUCGCUAACGGUAGACAGUUCAGCUUCAACUCGAGGCAAUAUUAGGACUGAAGCAUGGAACGCAGCAGUUCGACCAAUGUUUUAUACGUUACGAUAAAUAUAAGGGAUGAAAGCUCAAGUAACCUUCGAGCCUAUGUAAUGUCGGUUUGCUUAUUUCGCCGGUUGUUUUUUAAUUGCCAUACCGCAACAUAGCACGUAGAAUAUUUAUUAUUGACGUUUGAUGUAUUUAUUAAUCCUCACGUUCCAUUCUGUAACUGAAAUUUUCUACGAACCCUGUCGAGAUUUUUUUUAAUUUAGUAUGCGAUUGUGACGAGUUGACUUACAGAUUGUCCACUUUUCGAAACCUUUGAAGGUAUUUGCCAUCUGCUUUAUUAUUAGGAUGAAAGCCGUUCUUGGAAGACUUUUUGACGCGAUAGCAAAUAAGCAGUAUACUGUUUUUCAGUUAUUUAAACUCAAACUCAAAUUUUGGGGUGUGCGUAGGCCAUGGAACAAUUUGAGUUCUACUGAUUCCACUUCCGAAACCUGCACACUUAAGCAAUAAAAAAAGAAUGUUUAAAGCUCAAUUAGAUGGUGACUGUGUGAGUAGGUACAUAAUCUGGGAAAAAGGAAUCAUUACUUACAUAAUGCAGGUAAAAAUUUCUCUAAGAUGCAACUCUAGAAGAGUUUCUGAUAUAAAUAGGAAUGGAGUUUGUGCUUAGCAACUUUGAAAACAAAACAAGAUCUAUCAAACACGUUAAGCUAAUUUAAAUGGAUAAGGACGCAACUAUUUCUAAGACUACUUUAAAUACUUCUGGAAGUCAAAGUCUUUUGUAUUUGAAAUUAAGAAAUUAGAACUUUAAUUAUUGAAUUUACAUGUCCAUAUGUAUCAAACUAUUAGACAGUAAUUCAAUUAAUACACAAGAAUAGGCAAAGACUAGUGCGUCCAAGUCUUCUCUGAAUCGAAAAAUCUUUCAAUAAUUUGGCAGGCAUAAAAAAAGGUUUUAGUUGAAUAGCAGUCGAAAAACUCGAAAAAGUGUCCUGUUUGUCUGUGUUUCAGAGUCGCAAUUGCCGAAGAAAUAAUAUUUAUUUGAAAGAUGUGGACAAAAGCCAUGGCGAAAUCGUGAAAUAUGCAGUAGCGUCGCGUUUUCUCCAUGUUUAGGUUUCUUAUACGGUAAAAAUCGAUAAGGAGCGUGAAUACGUCGUGUUUCUGCUGCAGGGCACAUAGAUAGAAGGUUCCUCCAUUUACAAGGCAUUUUCGUUCGUUGUAGAGGAGAAUAUUUUCUCUUAGAAAUGCACGCCCAAGGUUUUCGAUGUAUUGUUAAUAGUUUUCGCUUAACUUUCCUACGAGAAAAUUUAAAGCAUAUCUGAUGUGCAUUUAAUCAAAGUAUUUACAAACAAAAACGUAUUCUCGAGAUAUGCACUUUAUGGAAAUUGCACUGUGAUUUUUAACGUUUAUACAUUUUCAAUGUACAUAUAUUUAAUGACUAAGUAUUGUAAAAACAUCCCUUUAAUGCCAAACAUACUUCUUUGUGGAAAAGUUAUUUUUCACCGAUCGCUUUUCACUGCGUUUUAGUGUUUGUAGUUGUUUAUAAGUGUGUGUCGGUUCUUUUAAGAUGGACAAUCAAUAGUGGACAGUUAAUAAUAUUUGCAAUUUUAUGCGUGCAUCCUUCGUCGUAUUUGCAAUAAUCCAAACUUUUUAAGGCCAUUUUGGCUUUCGAAAAGAAAAUUUAUAAAUUCACAGUUUAGUUGUUUAACUAACCAAAACUAUACUACACGUUUACCUUCUUUGUCUUAGAAAAGAAUAUUUUCGAUGAUUUAUUUUUCUGUAUUUUUACGGAAAACUUAAAAGUGUUAUUCAUUAUUUUAUAAUUCAACUGAAAAGCAACGAGUGGCAAUGAAAUUGUGAGAUUUGUUUCGAAAUAUCUCUUGAAGUAAACUUCAAGAAAAACGGCUGUAAAUAAAGAGAAAAAUGCGAAAUUGUCUGCAGCAUCUGAACAUCCUAUUGUACAAUGUGUCCAUUUAAAUUUAUCUCGGAAAGCGUUAGUUUCGAUACGCAACUUCAAGGAGAACAUAAACACACAAUAUCUCCAACUAAGUCGGCACCAUAUGGAAACUAACUUAUUUUUGACUUUACGAAAAAAGUUAUUCUUCAUAAGUUCUAAAUGAUUAAAGACUUUAAAUUUGUUAUUGAUUUUGGUCGAAAAAUACGAAUUUUAUUCAGAAGUAGAACACUUUUAUUUUUGAAAAUAAUGACGAGAAGUUGAUCAUAAUUAAAAACUUGGCGAAUAUCCAGUAUUAUCCAUCUGACACUUUUAUAAACUUCUCUGUAGCGGCAUUGUAAUGUAAUGAUAAACAGAUAAGGGUUCUAUUAAUUUGUGAAGAGGAAAUUUAAAUUUCAUUGACAACAUAAAAAUGCUAUUAUUACUAUUCAAACGCAAUAGACUGUUGUUGCAUAACGUAAUAAUGAUGCGAAAGGUUAUCUAUUAUUUUUUUAAAUGAAGUAAUUUAUAUCGAAAAUUAUUUUUUUAGCGUGGAUUUGACUACAGUUUUCAGGUAUGGUCAAUUUCUCUUAAACCACUGUAGAUAAAUUCAAAAAUAAAAUUACUUUACGGUUGCACGAACUGCACGUUUUUAGACAGAGCUGAUUUAAGAUAUUUUAUAUCUGAUGGUUAUAAAAAACAACUUUUUUAAUAAAACUAAAAAUAAAAAUUUUGCAUAUAUUCCAUAAACAGUAUAUACCGUUCUCCUUGAUCUAACCCGAACUAGGUAACUUAAGUUGUGGUUUUCAGUUAUCUACUUUUAAAGGUAGAAUUUCACAUAUUUAAUGCUACGACGAAAUAAGUUAUAUUCACAUUAUAAGGCACAAAACACAAUCCAUAUAUGUCCCUAAUCACACAUGUUAAUCGACAACCUCAAAGUUUCAGAUGCAACAAAUUUUGAAAAUUUCUUUAAAAUAUCUUACGAACUAAAUAUCUCUUUUUAAACAACCAUAAAAUACAACAAGAGUUUUAGCGUUAAGGGGACAAUUAAGGAAACAUAAUAAAAUCAAAUUAUGCAUGAGAUUGAUGCGUACGUAUGGGUAAUCGCGUAAACAAUUCUGGAAAUUAAAGGUAAUCUGUCGGAGAACUGUAAUUUAAACGUUGUUAAUUCGGAACCCAAUUAAACCGUUUCGAAUAGCUACAACACCGGUUAAUUAACCGAAUCAACAGCCAAACCGACAAUUCGAUGAUUCAAAACUGCCGUCAUUUCGCAUUAUUCACCUUACCGAAACAUUUCGCGAGAUAAUUAGCUUUCUAUACUUCUAGUAGACCAGCAGACAUUUAUUUUUAGUAAGAGAGCCGUUGGAAUACUCAACAACUUUUAUACACGUAAAAAUAUGCCAUCUACCUACGUUUUGUGUGUCGCCGACAUCACGAUGGUUAUUACCAGUUCCUGAUAUAAAAAGUUCUCGUACAUCAUGAUAGUGUCGGAUACAUACAGAAGUAGAGGGAUCAAUAUCUAUUCGCUAUAUUUAACUUUGGCUCUAUAUCGUUGCUAGCGAAAUUCGCAUUGUCUACGACUACAUAUUUUUUUCCCGCGGGAUUUUAGUAAAAAUUUAUGUACAUAGAAAAAGAAAUCACAUUAUUCUAACAUAUGUUUAGUAUCAAUAUCAAUUUAAAGAAUCCCAUAAACUUUAUAGCCUAUUUGAAAGUAUAUGGAGACAUUUGGUUGCGGCCAUGACAGAAAGGCUGUGGAACUCUUUUUUUUUUUUAAACUAUUUUAAGAAUCUGAAAGAUAGCAAAACAUACAAUUAUAACUUUUGUGCAAUAGAAUCCCUGUAUUUAAUUGUGACAAUAGAAAGAGCAAUUAAUUCUAGAUUUAAAAUUACUAUUCACCCAUUUUUAAUCGUUUUGGAAUAAAAAGAUACUUUAAACAAUUUACUUAUUAAAGUUAUAUGUUUCUAAUAUACAGUACGCAUAAUUGUCCUUGAUAGUAAAUAAAUUUUUUUGCAAUAGUAAUUAAUAAAUAUUUUGGCAUCAAUAUGCCAAUCAACAUAACUUACAUGUUUUUAUAAUAGAUAUUUUCUUCCAAAUUUUCUAGCAGCUAACUUUAAGAUAACAUAAGCUACAUUUUCAAAAUAGAGAUUAUAGCCUACGGCCUCAAUAAAACUUUUAAAUACCCACCUUUUGACAUUGUCCAUAAACUUUUAAUAGGCCACCGAGUUUAGGGCACCUGUAUCCCUAGUCCCAUUAGAUCAAAAGGUAUAUUAUAUUUCCCACUAGUAUUCCUCUUAAUAUACCAAUCCGGUUUUAUCCUAUACGCGUUUGUAUACCGAAAACGAUUAUUGUUAUUUAUUAAUAAUUUAGAUUUAGUUUUUUUUAAUAAGUAACUAAUGAAGUUAAGUGGUUAUUACUUUUGAUAUAUUUUAAGCAAUGUUAAUUUGAACGCGAUAUUUUUUUGUGAUAACAGAAAGGCUGAUCAUAUUUACAUUUAGGUGUUUGAUGUUCACUGUGUUUUGUGGAAAUUUUUCUAUUCCAGUAGUCGAUUUUACUGAAAAUAAAAAGUAGAAAAAUUUUUAACGUAAGGGAAACCACUCUUUUAAAAGAAAAGAGGACCAACACUUAACCGCUAAAUAUUGAAUCGGAUCGAGACCGAGAACUAAACAUUAACAACCAAAAAGCUACCGUUAAGUACAAAAAUGAAUAUCAUAUUAGGAAUAAUCAUUGUUUUGUUUAUGUUUAGGUUUGUGUACGUUAAGUUUUGGCCUACAGCGUUCAGCAAUAAACACUUUUUGCGCCAAUAGUGAACUUUUCCAUUUUUUCAUCAAAAACAUUAUUUAUUUAGCUCUAAGAAACUUAUUCCCCCCAUUAUUCCUUAAAAAAGUGGUCGCCAACCUCUUCAAUGUAUUGAGGUACUUUUUUAAUUUUGGAUUUUUUGUGGAAUUGUUUAUGUUUAAUAUUAUGACAAUUAGAUUUUUUUGUAGAAUGUUGAAGCUUCUCUGAUUUUUGCAGUUUGUAUUUUUAAAAUUAAAAUCGUUGUGAGAGCUACCAGAAUUGCCUCCGCGAGUUACCGGUAGCUCGCGAUCGGCAGGUUGGCGACCGCUGCCUUAAAAAAUCAAAAACUACUUGGUCAUAAUUAUUUACAGUGUCUCGCGCUAGGGAAAUUAUAUUCAAAGUGCGCCAAGUCCGGUGACGUCACAGCGUAUAAUUUUCAGUACAUCGCUCAAUUAGCUCUUUUAUUAUUGUUCUCCUAAUUAUUUAUUACAGAAGAACAAGCUCAAAAUUACUUUUAGUACGGUGAUAAAACGAAGUAAACAAUUUAGUAGAUAGUUUUAUUAAAAAAGGAUUUAAAAAUAAGGUAUCCUACACGGAAUCUUCAGACCAAGGCCCUCAAGCCACCGUUGUAAUGAAAGCGAAGAAGAAAUGACCCGCAAAGGCUCGUUAAGGCGCAUGAAUGAAUCAGAAGCCUUUAGCGGGGUGCCUGAAUCUUUGCAAAGUCAGUAAUAAAAAAAAGCUUUUAGUAGAAUGAUAAAACCAAGUAAACAAUUUAGUAGAUGCUUUUAAAAAGGUUUUAAAAAUAAGGUACCGUGCAUUUCAAAUUCGCUGUCCGCUAUAGGUAUCUUCAGACCAAUGCCACCAAAGCCACCAAUGUAAUGAAAGCGAAGAAGAAAUGACCCGCAAAGGCUCGUUAAUGAAUGAACCUGAAGCCUUUUGUGGGUGCCUAAACCUUCGUAAAGGCGGUUAUCAAAAAAUGGAUUUUUUGGAUCACACUGACGGACAGGCUAACUACUAACUCUCCCAAUCUAGAAAUCUUGAGAACUUUGAUAUUAUUGGAUUACUUUCAUAUGACGCAACUGAUGUUUUGAACUUUGACAUCGUGAUAUCAACAAUAACUGAUAACUGUCGCACCUGAGAAAAAACUUUUAAAAUUUAUAUUUAGAAAAAUAAAGAGAAAAAAUAACAUUAAUUAAUGGCAUACGGAAUAUGAGGUUAUAACUAAAAAAUGUUUUUCCCAAAGAAAUCGUCUUAAUAUAUGAUUGCACUAUCGAGAUACAGGCGACUGAGAAAAUAUCUAAAUAUUCAAGUAAUUCAAUCUUCUUUUCUUCUUCUGACGACUAAACUCUCAUGCCAGAGUUUUGGUGGCUUUGUCGGAGUUCCGCUGGUAUUCGCCAUUUCCUCUUUCGCUAUUUUUGCACGUGGAUUCCCAUCUGCCUAUUGAGAGCUCUUGUUUCAAUAGUUCUCAAGAAUCUAAGAUACACUAUAGAUAAUGGUCAGGCGAGCGUGUUUUUCAUAAAGAAUUUUUUUGAGGAAUCAUUAUAUAUAAAAAUUUUGGUAUACCAGAUGGAGCUUGAGCUUGAGUAUGAGAGUCGUACAAAAAAUUAUGCUAUUUGACGUCGCGGCAAUAGAAGUUGCAUUUGUGGCCGCUUACUAAUAUAUUUCUUCAUCCUAUAUCAUGAUGACAUCUGUCAUAAGUAUAUCAUAAGUAUUUUUUUCACAUUUACCUCAUUGUGUAUGUUAAACGAUUUUUUUAAAUCUGUAAUAAGGUUUCAGAAAUAGAAAAUGGCACAUACAAAUAAGAGCAAUGACAUUUAGUCUGCUCUAUUGGUGUAAAAAUAACGUCCAAAUUUGGAGCGAUUUAUUAGAUAGGAAUUUAAAAUGUUAUAAAAUUCUUUACGAUCUUCAUGUCUCUUUUCGGAUUAAAAAAUCCGAAUCGUUUUCCCACUUAAAACUUGAUCCGUUUCCAUUCUUGGUCUCCUUUUAAACUUCUUCAUUCUAAAAUCUGAAGACGGGCAUUUUCAAAUUUAAUAUUAACGAUUCCGUGUUGCUGCCUUUUGUAGUCGCAGAACUAUUCAAGUCGCUAACUUGUAGAACUUUGAAAUCUUUCUAACAAGAAAUAUGUUCCGGAUGGCGAAAAAUGCUUUAUUAAUUUUUUUUCUUGCUAGAAAUUUUAUUUGCCCUUGGAACUAUCGACCAACGAACUAAAAUAAAUCCGAGUCAGAAUAUAAAAACCCUCUCAAGUUGAAAUUUCAGCAAAUAAAUUGAUUUCAACGGGCGCCGUUUUUAUUUCAUUUUAAAUUUCAAUUACGCGAUUUCGCUUAAAUUUCGUCGCUAAUCGAAAAUCGCCUUUAAUAAAUUGGUCCUGCAAAACUGCAAAGAAAUUGAAAUACAAACGGCUUAGUAGUGGCAAACAAUUAGGCCAUCUUAAGGAACGCACAAUUCAAAAAAGAAACUUUAAUUUUGCAUUUGUUUUCUCCAUAGUUUCUUGCUAUACUACAUAUUAUACGACACUUUGACAGUUCUGUGAGUUCUGUGGUUUAAAUCUAGAAGCAUACUACACUAAUCUGAGACCGUCUACUAAACCAAACGCGGUUUCUUACUUUUGUACAUAAGGAUUAUCACUUAUAAAACUGUAUGACUCAAAUAUACGUCUU